GCGAGCAUACAGGGAAGUUUCGAGAGGAAAAGAUGUUGAAGUGGUAUCGAGAUAAUUUUUGCGGGUUGUUGUUUUUAAGCGUUUUUCUCCUGAUUCCACUUCUGACUUUCAUACCAGUCCUUCGUCCCAGCGGCCAAGGAAGUGCAACAUUCCUAAGGCAAUUUGGAGAUGAAAAGAAGUCAGACAGACACGCAGACACGACGACCAGCGAACAGGAGCAAAAGUUCGCCUUCGCGGAAACGAGCAAACCACAGGAGUCGUACACGGGUCCCAGAUUUCACGAGAACACGGACGCGCUCCUCAGACAGGUCGAGAGCGACGUCUACCACACCAGGCAGUUCGUUUUAGCGCAGCUCCGACGAUUGCAGACUCAAGCAGCAAGCGAAACUACUCGGAAAAACUUCAUCAAUGUUAUCGAGGAUGUUAAACAUUAUUUCAGCGUGACGCAAUCCGACCUCUGGAGGUUUCGCAAGAGUCCGGUCUUCACGCUUGGCAGAAGAGUGAGGCGGAGAAAACUUACCAGUCUGGUGCAAAAUCGGAUUCCACGCGUUGCAGAAUCCCGCGGAUUGUAA